AUGAGGGUCCGCACGGCCAUUCUCCUCCUGCUAAUCCUCGUCGUCCUCUUCCUCGCCGCGUCGACGUCGGCGGCCAGGAAGGCCGGCGACAUGCGGGGGCGGCAGCGACAGAUCCUACUGCAGGAGAAGGCGACUCUGCUGGCCCUGAAGCAGGGGCUCACGCUGCCGUCGUCGGCAGCGGCGGCCUUGGCGGACUGGAACGAGUCCAACGGCAACGUCUGCGGCUUCACCGGCGUCAGGUGCGACUGGCGGCGGGAGCACGUUGUUGGGCUCUCUCUCGCCAAGAUGGGCAUCCGUGGCGUUAUUCCACCGGUCAUUGGCGAGCUCUCUUACCUCCGGAUCCUUGACUUGUCCAAAAACAACAUCUCUGGCCAGGUACCGACGUCCGUCGGCAACCUCACGCGACUGGAGGGCCUCUUCAUGAACAACAACGGCAUCUCCGGCAGCAUCCCUUCAAUCUUCAGCGACCUCUUACCACUCCGGACGAGGCUCCGGCAACUCGACUUCUCCAACAAUCACAUCUCCGGUGCCCUUCCGCUGGACCUCGGCAGAUUUGGGCAACUCCAAAGCCUUAACAAAUACCUCAACCUAACAAGCCUCAAGGAUCUGGAAAUGUCCGUCAACCAUCUGACGGGGCAGAUUCCAGCCGAGCUCUCCAACCUCGUACGGCUCCGGACACUCGGCGUCUCCUCCGACCGUAUCACCGGUGCCAUUCCGCCGGCCCUCGGCAGCCUUGGGCAGCUCCAAAUCCUCAACGUCUCCGGCAACCACAUCUCUGGCACCAUCCCUCCGUCCAUCGGCAACCUGACUCAACUUGUGUUCCUCUGCAUGCAAAAAAACUUCAUCUCUGGAGAGAUCCCUCUGGCCAUCUGCAACCUAACAAGCCUUUGGGAUCUCGAAAUGUCCGUCAACCAGCUGACGGGGCAGAUUCCAGCCGAGCUCUCCAACCUCCAGAACAUUGGAGCCAUUGACCUCGGCAGUAACCAACUCCAUGGAGGAAUACCACCUUCCCUUUCCGAGCUGACGGACAUGUUCUACUAUCUCGGACUCCGGCAAAACAACCUGUCCGGGAACAUCCCGCCAGCUAUCUUCCUCAACUGCACAGGGUUGGGCCUCGUCGACGUCGGCGAUAAUAGUCUUUUUGGCGAGAUCCCCCGCGCCAUCUCGAGCACCACCAAGUGCCAGUUCGUCGUCAUCAACCUCUACUCCAACAAGCUCCGAGGGACGCUUCCACGGUGGAUCGCCAACUGCACCGAUCUGAUGACGCUAGAUGUGGAGGACAACUUGCUGAACGACGAGCUGCCUACGAGUAUCAUCUCGGGCAUGAAAAAGUUAAUGUACCUGCAUUUGUCUAUCAACAGUUUCCGGAGCCACGACGGCAACAGCAACUUGGAUCCAUUCUUCGUCGCGCUGUCGAACUGCACGAGCUUACAGGAGGUGGAGGCCUCCGCCGUGGGGAUGGGUGGGCAGCUUCCAAGUCGGCUGGGCUCGCUGCUCCCGAUCAGCAUUUGCCACCUCAACCUGGAGUCGAACACCAUCGAGGGCCCAAUCCCGGAGUCUGUCGGGGACGUCAUCAACAUGACGUGGAUGAACCUGUCGAGCAACUUGCUGAACGGGACGAUCCCGACGUCCCUCUGCCGGCUGAAGAGCCUGGAGCGGCUCGCGCUGUCCAACAACUCCCUGACAGGUGAAAUUCCAGCGUGCAUUGACAGCGCCACGAGCCUCGGCGAGCUGGAUCCGUCGGGCAACGUGCUGUCAGGGGCCAUCCCCAGCAGCAUCGGGAACCUUGCCGAGCUCCGAUAUCUCUUCCUGCAGGGAAACAAGCUGUCUGGGACCAAUCUGUAUGCCAUCGACCUCUCCAGCAACAGCUUGACCGGGGUGAUACCAGUAGCGAGCCUUGGCCGCUGCACACUAAUUCGCCUUGACCUCUCAAGCAACCGCUUCAACGGCACCUUGUAUUAA